AUGAUAAUUCAAAUUCCUACUAUGCACUGUUACGAUGCUACCUCUGCAGGAACAGGGCUUCAACUGUUCGAAAAUGAAAGAAGCUUUAGCCAUUCAACAGAAGAUACAAAUAUAAACGAUGAGAUCCAGUCCUCGAUUGCAUCUAUAUUACCCCAAAGCGCUUCUAUCUCGAAAGGUGGGGCUAAACGAGUCAAGAAAGACAAAAUUACCACCAAAAUGAUGCCCUCUCCACAAAACUUCAAAUUUCGAAACAACGCGCGGGAGCGAAAAAGGACAGCGAUGAUGGGCGAGGCAUUCACACGGCUCAACAGUAUGGUGCCCAGCGAGCCGAAAAGGUUUACUCGCAUGAAUACUCUCAAGGGAGCCAUAGAAUACAUCAAUUUUCUCAAGGAUAUCUUAGGUUCCGAUCAAACACUCAAAUCUCAAAAUGAAAACCAACCCAACGGUCACACCGAUUCGGUCAAUGUUAAAAGAGAUGAUGAUGAACUGAAUUUGGAGGAGCUAUUAAUGGUAAAGGAUGGAGAGAACACAGAUGUGUAUGACCUGAACAACGUAAACUUCGAUAUUACCAAUUUUAGCGGGCCAUCGAACAAUAAUUUCAAUUGUUCUUUCGAUUAUUAUGGUUUGGAUACAGAUAUUGAGGAUAUCUUGAUGGGAUGUAUUAAGCAGGAAGGAAAUGACUUUCUUUUUUAG